AUGUCGGUUCGAUAUCCCAGAGUUCAUAUUGAAUAUUGUGCAAAGUGUAAAUGGGGACUCCGAGCUAACUGGUAUCAACAAGAGCUGUUCCAGACUUUUGGGACCGAAAUAGGCGAGGUUGCCCUAAGUCCUUCGCUCGAUUCAGGAACCUUCAGAGUGGCAGUUUGCUUGAAUGAUAAAGACGAAGGAAUGAUUGUUUGGGAUCGACGGAAAAUGGAUGGAUUCCCUGACUCUAAAAUCCUGAAACAGCUUAUUCGAAAUAUUAUUGCUCCUUUGAAAGAGUUAGGUCAUGUUGAUAAAUCUUCCAAGAACGAUGGAAAAUUGAUUGUCGACAUUGGCCAGAAGGAAACAGAUCCUGAUGCGUGUAUAGACUGUGAAAAGAAGUAA